GAGGAGGACGUGGGGAGCAAGGCUGCAGGGUUAGGCAGAGGGAGAGAGAUGCUACACCUGUUCAUGAUCACCUGAGGAGAAGAAUCAGAAGAUUUAAAGAGCUGCAGUGUGAAGAGGGACAGAGUUGAUCAACAUGAUGGGACACCUUUAUAUCUGAGAGAAUCCUUCAGGCAGGCAGCUCAUUGUCCCUGAGGCCCGUCCUCCAGUCUGUGUUGGUGCCAUGGCUGAGUCAAGCUGGUGGAAGUUUACCUUCUCACGCAAGAAGAAAUCUGAACCUAAGGUUUUGUAUGAAAUCCCUGCAGAGCAUGGAAGCAACAAUGAGAACAAAGACCAAGCAGGCAUCUCUCCAGACAAUAAGGACAGCCAGUUCAAUGCCAGACUGGAGAAGAUAGUGGAUAAAUCUGCCACCAAGGGCCGCCACGUCAAAGUGUCCAACUCCGGUCGCUUCAAAGAGAAAAAGAAAGUCCGGGCCACACUGACAGAGAACCCAAGUCUGUUUGCAGAGCAAAGUAAUGAGAAUCAUAAAAACACGACGGACAAAUAGCAAAAUACACCAUGGCAAUCACAAAUGUGUCAUAAAUCACUCACGUCUUUGACCAAGGUUCAAAAACACACCCGUUUUUGUCACAAUGUACCAAACCCAAGUGAAUACCCAAACUGAAACUAACAAUGAGUAUCUUAAAACCAAUCGUCAUAUAUUCAAAAACCAUAUCAGGGACUGGUCCUGGAAUCACCUUUCUCCAGAUUGUAAAUGUUGAAUUCUAAAACCCAAUGUUUUAAUGGUCUCAAGCAUUUUUUAUGUUUGUGCUGGUUUUAUUAUUGUUGCCGUUGUUGUUUUUUUUUUCUUUUUUGAAACUAAGCGUUAAUAUGAAGUAGAUUAACUGCCUUUGUGUUGUGUAACAGUUAUUGGUUUCGUUUUUUAAAUUAGACAUUAUUAAAAAGAUACGGUCGAUUAAGCUGAAAUUUGAUGGAGAGACCACAGAAAACAACGAAAAUAUGAGAUGUCAGACAAUAUGUUCUAUGCUUUUUGUAGCCCCAGAAGAUACUUGCUCUUACGAAAAACUGGUUUCUAAAUCCAGAAAAGAUUUAUCUAAAUUCUUUGGGGGAAAAAAGAAAAAAAAACUUCAUCCCAUAAUUGCAUAAUUGUUUUAUUUUAUUUUUUUUGUAAGGGCUCUUUAUCUGUUUGUAUAGUUCUAAUAAAUAGUCAUUUAAUGAGUUUUCUAUUAAUCUAAUACAAGUUUAUAAAUUUUGUAAAUGAACUUUGUAAAGAUUUUCGGGGCUAACGUUAAUUUAUUUCUUGGAAUAAAUUGUUUCAACAUU